AUGGAGGUAAAAAAAGAGAAAAUUCGAUAUAUUCUUCAGUACCACUACGACCAAAGGGAACAAGCGGAUCAGGCGGCCAAAAAAAUUUGUGCUGUUUAUGGACCCAAUACAGUAUCGAAUGCAACAGCAAAGCGGUGGUUCCAACGAUUCCGUUCUGGUAAUAUGGACGUCGAAGAUGAGACACGCUCUGGUAGGCCAAUCGUCGAAAAUGUCGAUAAAAUCAUGGAAAUCGUCGAGUCGGACCGGCAUGCGAGCUUUUAUUCCAUUGCUCAGGAACUGAAGAUUAGCCAGAAAACCGUUUGGAACCAUUUACAUAAGGCUGGUCUCAAGAAGCUCGAUGUAUGGGUGCCACACGAAUUGACGCAAAAGAACCUUUUAGACCGAAUUCAUGCCUGCGAUUCUUUGCUGAAGUGUAACGAAAUCGACCCAUUUUUUAAGCGGGUGGUGACUGGCGAUGAAAAAUGGGUCACAUACGAGAACAACAGGCGAAAAAGAUUGUGGUCCAAGCGCGGUGAGCCGGUCCAAACGAUCGCCAAGCCCGGCCAAGAAGUGACGUUAGAAAUAAUACAAGGAAUACGGCUGAACAAUUUGAUGGUGAUAUAUUACAUUAACGAAGCAAUAUUUCUCAUGUUCCAAAAUUGUACGUGA